UUGUUUUUGUUUUUUGUCGUUGAAGAAAAAUUGUUCCAAAUCCCAUUAUAAUCAUAAUGAAUAAUAAUCAAGAACGUUAUGAAGUAACACUUUAUAUUUAUGAUCUAUCCAAAGGUAUGGCCAGAUCAUUAUCGACAUUAUUUUUAGGUCGUGAAAUUCCGGCCAUUUGGCAUACAUCAAUUGUUGUUUAUGAUCGUGAAUAUUUUUUCGGUGGUGGUGGAAUUGAAAGCUGUAUAGCUGGUUCAUGUCAAUUAGGACAACCAGAUCAAAUGCUGUCAUUAGGUUAUACCGAAGUAUCAUAUAAUCUAUUUCUUGAAUAUCUUUUUUCAUUGGGUGAAUCAACAUUUUCACCCAGUUCAUAUCAAAUAUUCGAAAAUAAUUGUAAUAAUUUUUCAAAUGAAAUUGCCCUAUUUCUUACUGGUAAUGGCAUUCCAGAUGAGAUAUUGAACCUACCAAAUGAUUUUCUUUCAACGCCAAUUGGGCAAACAUUUCAACAAUAUUUCAAUUCAGUAACAAUACGACCAAAAGGUUCGGGUGUACGUUUCUAUAAUCCGGACGUUUGUGACGAUAAUAAUAGUAAUAAACAACAAAUUGAAAAUAAAAUUCCCGAUUCAUCAUCAUCAUCAACAGCAUCGACAACGAAGACGAUAAAAUCUGUUCCAGUUAAAGAAUUAGAUAAAUCAAAAAUGUCUGAUGAUCAAUUGGAAAAUAGUGUUAAUAAUGUUGAAAAUAUUGAUAAUGGUAAUGAUGAUGAUGAUGAUGGUGGUAAAAUUACCGGUGAUAAAUUUACAACAUCAACAUCAAGACGUUCAUAUAAAUAUGAAGAUCCACCAAUUACAUUCAAAGAUAUUGAUGGAUUAGCAGCCAUACGUAAAGUUGAGGAAAUGGUAUUCACAAUGUUAAAUCCGGAACAACAACAAUGUUUAAAAGAAAUUGAUGAAUAUUUACAAUCAGAAUCGGGUGCCUGGGCUAUUGGUGAUGAACAUUUGGAUCUUAUUUCCUUUUUACUCAACGGUGGUGAUGGAAAAUUUGCACCAAAUGUAACAUUAUUAACAUUAGAAGUACUACAGGCUGCAUCAUUAAAAGAAGAUGUUGUUCUUAUUCUACAUCAGGAUCGUAAAGAUCAUCGUAUAAUGAGCUAUAUAAAUCGUAUCGAAAAUUUAACACUUGCUGAGCAGGAAGAGAUUGUUAAAUUAUUAUGUAAUCUUUGUGGACAACCAUCAACAAUCGAUUGGCUAAUGUAUAUUAGUGAAUGGUUUGAAGAAAAUGGACAACCAAAUAGUAAUUCACGUGUUACAAUUCGUGCAGCCGUACAUACAUUGCUCAAUGAUCAAUUAACAACAUUACAACGUAAUGGUGUUUAUCUUAUUUAUAAUCUAUCAUUGAAAGAAGUUUUCGAAGAUGUUUCAAUUGAAUUAGCUACAGCUGUAUUGCAAUAUAUGCAUAGUGAUUUACCGGAUGAUCAAGCAUUGCUUUGCUUGACGGCAAUAACACGAUUUAUUGAAAUUAGUCCAACAGAUGUACCGGCAUUGAUUAAAAUGCUUGGACCUGAUCUAAACAAAUAUAAAGGAAAAAAUGAAAAAAUGGAUAAAUUACUUGCAAUGAUUGAUGAAAAAGUGGCCAAAUUACCAUCAUUUUCUUAAAUGUUUUUAUCUUGACAAUUUUGUUACAACAAAUGAAU